AGAAAACGUUAAAGAAAGAGUCAGGGGUUAGGAAUCCUUCACUGAAGAAACCUGCACUGAAGAUUACUAUAAAAAAAGAAAUUAUUUCAGGAUGAGUCAAAGCUGUGUGAAGAUAUUGAAGUAUAUGCUGUUCAUCUUUAAUUUUGUGUUUUGGGUAAUUGGAUGUUCUGUAAUAGCAAUUGGGAUAUACUUUGUGGUAAACAAAACGUAUGGAUUGCUCCUCCCAAACAGCCCAUCACUUUCACUUGGCAAUGCUUUGAUAGUGCUUGGGAGCGUCAUCAUGGUGUUUGGGUUCCUAGGCUGCAUGGGUGCAAUUAAAGAAAACAAAUGUUUGCUUCUCACUUUUUUCAUCUUGCUUCUGCUGAUCCUCUUGGGUGAAGUCAUUCUGGCAGUAGUUCUCUUUGUUUAUGAAAAUCAGCUUGACAAAUACAUAAAUGAUCAACUAACUAUCAGUUUCGAGCAGCACAAAGCAGAAGAGAAUAUGAAUUCAUCCAGUCCAAUUUGGCAUGAUAUACAGCACAGUUUGAAAUGUUGUGGAAUCAAUGGAACCCAAGACUGGCAGCCUACAGUUCCCCUAUCCUGUUGUAAGGUUGAAAACUGUGCAGACAAACAAUAUUAUGAAAUAGGCUGCUCUGAAGCAAUUAGAAAAUGGUUUGAAAACAAUUUUCUUUAUGUGGGAAUAAUUACAAUUUGCAUUUCAGUUAUUGAGGUGUUAGGAAUGUCGUUUGCAUUAACACUAUACUGCUACAUUUCCAAGGGAGGAGGCUCACUGAGUAGAUUCUGAAGAAAACCUAAGUUUAUUACUCUAAGCAGCAAGAUGAACUGAUAAGCCAGACAAGUCAUAUGCAGAAGUCUAACAUAGGAAAACUGCUUAGGGAAAUAAUGAAUGCAAUUCAGCAUCUAUAUAUAUAUAUUUAUCUUGGUUUGAGAUAUUAAUUGUAUUAUUGAAUUUUGCAGUAAGCUUUAUCUAAAUGUCUGUGUGUUUAAUAGCAAAAAUAUUAGUUUUUAAAGUUCCUAAUUUUAAUUUUAACAUUUUCAUAUUGUACAGUUAUAUAACAAAAUAUAUAGAUAUUUGUUUAUCACUUAAAAUGUUUCCUGUAUUUGUAGAAUUUGUGCAUACACUCAUACAUUAUCAUCAGCUCAAGAGUGCAACCUACAUUGUAAAUGUAUCAGUUGUCUGUGACAAUGUUAUAAAAUAUCUUAAAUUUUAAA